AUGUUGCAAAAUAUAUCAAACCUAUUAAUAUUUGAUAUUGAUGAAGAACAAGAAAUCUACAAUAAUAACAAUAUGAAUAUUAGUGAUACUUAUUUCCCUCAACUUAACGGUGAUGUUAUUUAUUCAAAAAAACUAAGAGAUUUGGAGUUAAUGAUAAUUGAUAAGGAUCAAGAAAACUAUGACAAUACAAAUCAUCGUGGCGUUACUACUCAAGAUGAUAUUGAGUUACCUGAUAUUGAUUUAAAAAAAAACAGAAGAAGAGAAGAAUUAGAGUUAAAGUCAAAGAAGAAGGAUGAUAAGUCCUCAUCUAAAGCUCCUAAUACAAGUAAUAAGUUGAAGAAAUCAUACAAUUCAAACAAGAAGGUGAAGGGUGGUAAUAGUUCAAACAAGAAGGUUUUAGCAAAAAUUUUAGAAUUAUUACAAAAAUUAGUUUAG